AUGCCAUUUCGGUGGCUCAAAAGCGCAUACAGAUGCUUCUAUUGCUACGACAUCUUCCAAGAACCAGCGGACCUCAAACUUCACCAAGUAGCUCACGACAACGACGAAAUAAAAGUGAAAGCAAUGAACAACUAUUGGGAACCAGUGGUCUACGUGGACACGUCAAAUUUAGCGUGUAAACUAUGCGACGAAAACAUAAAAGAUCUUUACGACUUGAUUGAUCAUUUAGUGGCGAAGCACGCAGUAGUUUAUAAUAAAGAUGUCGGCAUUAAUAUAACGGCAUUUAGGCUUGAAAACACGUCAGUGACUUGUUUGGUCUGCAUGGCCAAUUUUAGAACAUUCGGCCAUCUUUUGAUGCACACGAACAAACAACAUAAAGGCGCGUCGACAAUUCUAUGCGAUUUAUGCGGACAACAUUUCAAAGGAGAAAACCUCUUAAGGACGCACGUGAAAUCUGCUCACGAGAAUACGCAGCUUCUGUGUACUGAAUGCGGAGAUAAAUUCGAGUCGAAGUCGAAACUUUUAACCCACGAACGGCAUAAUCACGACAAGAAAUUCAAAUGUCUCGUUUGCCCGGAGCUUUUCAAGACACACUACAAGCGCUCCCAACACAUGGCGGCCUCACAUAAGAACAGAAGACAAAGCGAAGACCCUACGGAGCUACCGUAUGACAAACAAGCGGAAAGGGUGCGGGCUAACUUGAGCACCCUGAUAUACGCCACAAAUGUUACACCGUUCAAAUGGUUCGGAAAUAACUACAAGUGUUUCUUUUGCGAUUCCACCUUCAUAAAAGUGGACGAUUUGAAAGACCACACUAGGGUUGACCAUGAAGGGUUUUACACUGACAGCAUCCUGAAGAGUGCCGUCACAAGAAAGUAUCAAAUCAAACUCGAUAUUGCUGGGCUUAAGUGCAAACUGUGCCAGGAAGAACUGGACAAUAUUAGCACCUGCGUAGAGCACAUAGUUAAAAAACACCAGUUGAAUUAUAAUCACGGAUUGGACAACCAUUUUGUUUAUUUCAAACUCAGUGAUGGCGAUUUAAAAUGCAUUUAUUGCGAGAAGGUUUUCGGUUGCUUCGGGCCUCUGUGCAAGCAUGUGCAGGCGGAACAUUCUUCAGGAAACAUUAUAUGUGAAACCUGCGGUCGUAACUUCGUAUUCAUUGCCGGUCUCAAGAAGCACAUAGAGAACAAACACAACAAACGGGCGAAAUACGAGUGUAAAAUAUGCGGAAAGAAAUUCUACAACUUGAGUAACAAGCGAAACCAUGAGGCAGUGAACCACGGCACCUACACCUACAGCUGUGAAACGUGCGGGGAUAAAUUCUCGAGCAUAUACAAGUUGAAACUCCAUAAGAUGAAAACGCACGAGACUGCUUCGUACGAAUGCGAUCUUUGUCCGAUGAAGUUUAUCUGGAAGAACCAUUACAUGAAGCAUAGGAACCAGGUUCAUUUGAACAUCAGGGUCGUGUGUCAGGUGUGCGGAGAACACUUUCACAAGAAUUACUUGAAAACGCACAUGGUGACACACACGACGGAACGCCCGUUCGAGUGUGAAGUGUUUGUGCCGUUCAAAUGGAACCAUUCCUACAUGUGCUUCUACUGCGGCAUCAAACUGAACGACUGCCAAACCCUCAACAGUCACACCAAAAAAGAACAUGAGGACGCGAAACUAAACAACGUACUAAAGAACUUGCCUCUGAAUAGGGCUGUCAAGUUGGAUGUCUCAGAAAUCAAGUGUAAACUUUGCUUCAAAUCUUUUGAUUCGCUUGAGGAACUGCUAAAACACUGCUCUGAAGAUUACGGCGUUAAAUAUGACACGGAUGUGAUUGAUUUCCUCGCCCCGUACAGACUUUCCGAUGACGGCAUGAACUGUUUACAAUGUGACGCAAAGUUCCAAUACUUUGGGCCUCUACUCAAACAUGUCCACAAAACACAUAAAAAGAAAAAACUACGUCGCUUGUGUGAAGUGUGCGGCAAAGGUUUCGUUAAUCCACUCAAUUUGGGAAUUCAUGUUUUAUCGGCUCAUCAAGAAAAGCAUUCUUGUGAGCAGUGCGAUAAGUCGUUUCAGAGCUAUAACUUACUGAAACAACACAUGAGGGACACUCAUAAUAAUGACGCCCUGAAGUGUGAGAAGUGCGGUCACGGAUUCGCGAGCCAAUACCGGUUGAAGCGACACCUAGCGCUGACCCACGACCUGAAAGAGUUUCAAUACAAGUGCGAUGUGUGCUCAAAAAUAUACACGACCAUAAGCAAGCUCCGCAUACACAAACGGAGGAUUCAUUUGAAUGAAAAGAAUGUUUCUUGUCAGAUUUGCGGGUUGAGCUUCUUCGACAGUGAUCAUUUGAAACGGCAUAUGGUGAAACACAGUGACGCGAGGCCGUUUGAGUGUGAUUUCUGCAAGAAAACAUUUCAGAGGAGGAAAACUUUGGACUUACAUCGACGGAUACAUACGAAUGAUAAGCGCUAUGCGUGCAAGGAGUGCGGCAGGGCGUUCAUUCAGGUCACUAGUUUGAAGCUACAUAUAAGAGUUCAUCAUUCGGAGGAUAAGCCGUGA